AUGGCAGUUAUUGAUAAACCCGAAAAUGCACCAGAACACUGUCCGGGGCCAAGUACCGAACAGGCGGGAAAAGCCUCAGCAUGCGAAGGCUGCCCUAAUCAGAAGAUAUGCGCUACAGCACCGAAAGGACCCGAUCCAGGAGGGGUUGGUAAAAGUACUUUUACAGCACAACUUGGAUUUGCUUUUGCUAGUGAAGAAAAUAUUCAGAUUGGGGUAAUGGAUAUUGAUGUAUGUGGGCCAUCAAUUCCAAAAAUCAUGGGAUUGGAGGGAGAACAAGUUCAUCAAAGUUUAUCUGGGUGGUCACCGGUUUAUGUACAAGAUAAUUUAGGAGUUAUGUCGAUAGGAUUUAUGCUAUCUGACCCUGAUGAAGCAGUUAUUUGGCGUGGACCAAAGAAAAAUGAUGUAGAUUGGGGAGAUUUAGACUUUAUGUUGAUUGAUACACCACCUGGUACAUCCGAUGAACAUUUAUCAAUUGCACAAUAUCUUAAAGAAAGCGAAAUAGAUGGAGCAAUUAUAAUUACAACACCACAAGAAGUAGCAUUGCAGGAUGUUAGAAAAGAAAUUGAUUUUUGUAGAAAAGUAAAAAUACCAAUUUUAGGCGUUGUUGAAAAUAUGAGUGGAUUUAUCUGUCCGAAUUGUAAGGGUGAAUCGAUUAUUUUUGCACCAACAACAGGUGGGGCAAAAAAAAUGGCAGAAGAUCUGAAUGUUAAAUAUUUGGGAUCAAUUCCUUUGGAUCCUAGAAUCGGAAAAGCAUGCGAUACGGGUAUAUCAUUUCUUGAUGAAUACCCGGAUUCACCAGCUUGUAAAGCUUAUUUGGACAUUAUUUCUG